AUGAAUCAUCAGCAACAACAACAACAACAAAGUAUUGAUAUAGAUAUAGAUAUAGUAAUUAGACAAGUAUUGAAUAAUGUUUUUCUAAAGACAGAGAUAUUUAAAAGAGUUAGAAAUGAUAGAGUGGUACUAGGUGCAGUGGUACCUUGUGUAGAACGGAGGAUAUCGGUUACCUCUGAUGGAGAGAUAUCUACAAAAUUGUACAUUCCAAUGAGAUAUGCACACAUUAUCAGAGAAGACAAGUUUAGAUACGAAUGGUUGAUUGACAAUGGACACUUUAGUCUCUUGAUGGAAAUCCUCAACAACAAAUCACAUCAACCACAAAUGAAAAGAGAUGUAUUUAGAAGACUAAUGGAAACAUCGAGGUACAUGGACAACCCGAAAGUGGUCAGUCAAAUGCUCACCUAUUUCUCCGAGGAAUACAAACAACUGUUAACAGUCGAGGCACCCAGCCUUGAAAUGGUGGCACUCCAUCAUUUACACACUGCUACUCGCUUUGAUAAUGUACAAGUGUGGCAAUUAUUCAUCAACUUUAUCAACCAUAACUGUUUAUCAGAUUAUUAUCAAUCAACUAUAAUAUUAUCACCUUUUAAUCUUUAUAAAGAUUUAUUAAAUUAUUUUAAAUCUUUUUACAACUACAAUAAUGACAACAAUAAUAAUAAUAAUAAUAAUAAUUAUUCAACAAUUUUUAAAAUAUUAUUAAAUCAACUUAAUGAAGACAAGGUACCAUACCUUGUACAAUUCCUUUGGAAUCUUGUGUAUACACGUCAAGCACAUUUGGUAACAAGACUUAUUUUGGAUGAGAUUGGAGAGGAGUUUAGUCGAUUCUUGGAGACUAAUUACUUGGUACCUACCGAACCUACCCCUCCUGUUUGGCGGUCAAUCUUUCGGCCAAAAGAUUCCAAUACAAGAAAAGAAUAUACCAUUGCCCAUUUCUAUCGUCUUCUCUCUCUUGCUGCCUUUGACAUUGCCUUUGGUGAUCGAGCACACGCCAUCCUCCUCUCAAACAAUCCCGACCUCGUACGUGCGGAAAUCGAAGCAUUCAAGACACACAAUCGCCUAAAGAAUAUGUUUGCCGACGUUCUCAACACCAAACUAAACGAUAUAUUCUCUUCACUUACAAUUAACAGUGGUCCAAAUAGUAUAAAUAGAUUAUAUCAAUGUUCUAUAAUUAUUUGGGAAAAUAAUAAUAAUAAUAAUAAUAAUAUAAUUGAAAUUAUAAAUAAUAGAGUUCAACCAUUAUUUCCAACUUUAUCAACUACAAUAACAACUACAACAAAAACAAAUGAUUAUUGUAUGAUUUGGUUAUUUGCACUUGCUCGUCAUCUUAAACCAUAUCAAAUAGCACACAUCGAACCAGUUAUAAAGACACUGGAAUCCAUUCGUAAAACAAAUACAGAUGGAACUGCUGGCAGAGCUUCAAUCGAGUUUUUGGCACACAAUUUUACUUUUAAUUUAAUUUGUCAACAUGGCUCAUUCGAACAAAUCCAAGAUUCGUUUUACUAUUUCGACAAGUUUCCUAAUUUAUUGGACGACAACACUUACUAUAUGGUGGUGGAAUUGUUGGACAAGGAUAUUCCUCUUACAAUACAAGAUUAUUCCUGUUGGGAAGUGAUUGGAAGAUAUGGAUCAGUUGAAUUGGUUGAUUUUAUUUAUAAUAAAAUCAUUCCCAAUCCUAAAUUUAAUAAUAAUAAUAAUAAUGGUGAUAAUUAUAAUAAUGAUGAUAAUGGAUGUCCUUGGAUAUCAUCAAUAGUUUCGGAAUUAUUAAAAGAUGGCGAUGGUGAUGUUGGUAAAGAGAUUGUUUGA